AUGGCUACGAAAACAGCUACUCCAAAGACCCGAAAACCUAAAGUUAAUAACUUUGUAUUGGUCUUAGAGCAGUUCCUAGAAAAGCAUAAUCUGAUAGCCAACUCUGCCCCAGAACAAUUAAACGAACAUGCUCCCAAACUCGAUGUAUUACUUCUUGAUUGGAUGGCUCGCAGGUGUGUUAAAGUCGCCCUUGCCAGAGACACUAAUAACAGACGCUCAUUUAGUGAAGAGCAGAUAGAGGCUCUCUUACCAGAUAAGAGAAAAGGAAAACUCACCAUAGAGGAAAGGGCAAAAUAUUGCGCUAAAAUCGGCGAUGCUAUGGACAUUUUCGCCCAUCAUUUAGAUUUAGGCCCAAAAAAUGAUUAUGAAAAUGAAAUAGUCGCCAGUGGUUCACGCCAGUCGCAAUUUCGUGUGAAAUUAGCAGAAGGCGGGGUAAGUCCUGAAAUUAUUAAUACCUAUGCCAAAGAUCCAAAACUUAUUCAAGAGUCUAAUAAAAUUCAGAAAAAACAAACUAAAAAACGAAUGGCUAAUCCGGAUAGAAUUCCAAUACACUUCUUAUUAGCAAGAGUGCUUAAAAGGAUUCAGAAUAUGGAUAUUUCUAAAAUUCCAUCUAAAGAAGAUCUCGCAGAUGUAAUUGUAAUGUUGAGUAUGAGAUCUGCAGAAGUAAGAUCUCUUCAAAUUAUUCACUAUAAACCAGAUCCUUUAAAUGCCCCAGCAAAAAAGUUGUGUGAUACUGUUUUUACAGAAAAUGAAACGCGUAAUGCCUGGCCAUUUAAUGAAUUCUUAAAACAAGAACCUUAUAGAACUAUACCUAAAAAAUUAAGAGAUUAUGGAAGUAAACACGUUUCCAAAAUUCAUGGUGGUAAGAAACCAACUCCCCAACAUCUUAAACUGCUUUCGAGAAUCGCAAUGAGACAAGAAUCAGAUCGCCUUGAUGCAGGUGAUAAUUACGCUAUAGGCGAUACAGAAUCAGAGGAGUCUAAUUUUGAACUAGAGAUAGGCGACAGUUCAAAACCCCAAACACAGGCUUCUUUGCUAUCUCAGACAAUAGAAAUGAAUUCAAUGUUAGCUGAAAUUGAUGCAAUGUUAGCUGAAAUUCAGAAAUAA